UAAGUCCUCGCUGCACAUUAUCCCUUACAUGUUUCCAUCUUGAGCUUUGUUAGUUAGUUUCCUAACGGACGUAAUGUAGCAGCUGUAGCUUUUCUCAGACGCGGAGGGAUACUGACUUGUUGUGAAAAGUAACUACAAUUCUACCCGUUGUAUACGCUCAUUAUAUCACGGCUAAGAACCAAUCAGAUUGAUGAUAAUGAUGAAUUACAGUAUAAUAGGAGACCUUUUCAAAGCAAGAUAAACCUUAAUAAUGAGCGUUAAUAUCUGCACUAAUGAAACCCUUUAAAGCAAAUAAGGUAGCAGAUUUAAAACUGAUUGUUACGGAUAGAGCUGCAACUAACGACUGAUUUACUUAUUGAUAAAUCUCAUAUUUUCUGCAUCCAUUUAAUCUCCAUCCCAGUUCCUAAAGAGUGAAGUCUUUGUAUAUGUUGUUUGUAUUGAAUUUAAAGCGAAGAGAUGUUGGAUUUUAAUGUCAUGUGUUCUCCUCAGGCUGGAGCUCAGAGUGCCGUUCCUGGAUCAUCGUCUCACAGCAUACUUUCUUUCUCUGCCCGACGACAUGAAGGUUCCCAAGCACGGGGUGGAGAAGCACCUCCUGAGGGACUCGUUCAGCGACCAGGACCUGAUCCCAGAUGAGAUCCUGUGGAGGCGCAAGGAGGCCUUCAGCGACGGCAUGAUGUCCGUGAAGAAGUCGUGGUACGUCUGUCUGCAGGAGCACCUGGAGGACAUGGUGAACGACGAUCAGAUGGAGAAAGCCCCCCAGACGUUUCCUCACAACCCCCCCCACACCAAAGAGGCCUUUUAUUUCCGCCAGGUGUUCGAGCAGCGAUUCCCGGGUCGAUCCCAGUGGCUCCCUCACUACUGGCUCCCCCGCUGGACGCAGAGCAGCGACCCCUCGGCUCGCACCCUCGCCUUCUACACCCCCGAUAAGGAGGAGCAGUGAGAGGACAGUUCACAUGCGCCGUGUUAUGCAUGGCUGCUGCACCUCGCGGGAGCGUGCACAGCGUAAAGCCAAAACUCACAGACAUUUCAAUGAUCUGUGCGGCACAGUUAGUUUUGGAAAGGUAUGAUUUCCUUUUUGGAGGGCAUGCAUAACACGGCAUAACACCGGAGCCUCGCUGCGGGGAAACUUUGGCGCUGUUCUGAGUUUGUUCUAAUACGUCAAAAAUGACGGACUGCUUUCAGAUUUGUCCGUCAUUGUUAAAAAAAAUCCGUCAUAGAUGGAAAAUAUUCGGUUAACGCGACCUCUGGUCAGGUUUUAUAUUCACGGCUGCUCUAUCUAUGUUUUAUGAUGUCUGUAAAGGACCUCUUUGUGUUCAUGUGUGGGUAUUGCCAUUGACACUGGCUUCAGGAAGUGGACGAAAUGAAACCUGGAAAUAAAAUGACAUUUAAUCACCA